GGAUGAUAAGACGGUUCGCGUGGUCGCACUGCACGCCUUCUCCUCGUCUCUCGCCCGCCCACGAACGAACCGACAGGCAGAAGAUGCGCAAGAGGCGGCGGCCAUCUCUCACCGAACCUCCGAGCGCGUCGCAGGGCUGAGCAGGAGAGAGCGCGACGGGCGUUUCAAACCCAGUGGGCCACGAUGCUGAUUUCGGCCGCUUCGAUUCACAACCGCCUCGUGCAGCUGGGCCUCGCCGUCGCCAUUGGCCUCGCCCUCACCUUCGUCUUCCUCCCCACCCCCAUCUCGCUGCGCCGCCAUGUGGUCCGCCCGCACGCCGCACCCACCUUCUCCAUAGCGCCACGACCGGAUCAUCCCAUCGAUACGCUGACGUCCCGUGCGGACCACGCGUACAAGGGUCUAUUGACCAGGGAGACGAAAAAUGUCCACGACGCCGCCGAAGCAUACCGUUCGCGUAGAGGACGCCAGCCACCGCCACUGUUUGACGUGUGGUUUCAGUUCGCCGCCAAUUCUUCGGCCGUCAUAGUCGAGGACUUCUUCGACCGCAUCUACGAUGAUCUGGAGCCAUUCUGGGGCGUUUCGCCCAAGCAGAUCCGCGAACAGGCCAGCGACUUCAUUCACAGGAUUUCCGUGCGGAAUGGCAAUGCAACUGGCAGGACAGACAUCGAGCGAAGAGAAUGGAUAGAGCUAUGGACAGACAUGGUGCGGAUUGUGGCGCCUCUGCUUCCAGACAUGGACAUCCCCAUCAACGUCAUGGAUGAGAGCCGCAUUGUUGUUCCGUGGGAGGAGAUCGAUGGCUACAUGACCAAGGCGGAGCUGGCAAAGAAAGUCGUACCGCCAAGCGAGUUGAAGACAGAUUUCAGUGGGCUUCAGGCUGCGAUCAAGGACAUGGAUAGACAUCCUCCGCCUGCUUUCGAUGCAGGUUUCGAGGGCGAAGGUCCGUACUGGAGACUUGCAGUCGUUGGCUGUCCACCAGAAAGCCCAGCGAGGAAGGUAUAUGAGGAGACUGACUUCUCCACGCCCCCUCCACUUUCCACGCAGAGUCCGCCUAACACACUGGAGGGCUAUGUACAAAACUGGACGUACGCAUGUUCGCCCUGUGACCAUCCUGACCUACAGGGUCUGCACGGCACGUUUGUCGAGCCCAUCUCGAUUGCGAACACGAAGAAUUUCUUUCCACUUUUCGGAGGAUCCAAGUUGCCCAUGAAUAAUGAAAUAUUGUUGCCACCCGCCAUGUACUGGACUACAGACCCGUUCUACUCGGGUGGCAAUGACCACGGAGGUGUGUGGGAAGACAAGAAGAACAAGCUCAUCUGGCGUGGCUCGGCCAGUGGCGGGAGGAACAGGAAGGAGAACUGGACCCGGUUUCAACGUCACCGCUUCAUUUCAAUGCUGAACGCCACCAGUAUCAAAGAACUCGAGCAAAAGUCGGAGCAAAAAGGCAUCAACUUCGUAUUGCCUGACAGCGACGCUUACAGCCUUACUGUCCAGAAGCCGGAGGCACCCGAGCAUGCAUUCAGCGACUGGGUCGAUUCCUUUUCUGACGCAGCUGCUGUGCAUCUGCUUUGCUUUCCUGAGGAUCCGCCAGGACCACACUGCACAUAUACUGACCAUUACUUUUCGGUGGCCAAGGCCAUGCCCAUGAAACAGCAGUACAGCAACAAAUACUUACCAGAUAUCGAUGGCAACUCGUUCUCGGGACGCUAUCGCGGCUUCUUGGGGUCGACCUCCCUUCCCAUCAAAGCAACGAUUUAUCAAGAAUGGCAUGAUUCUCGGCUUGUUCCAUGGAAGCAUUUUGUGCCGAUGGACAACACUUUUAUUGACAUAUAUGGCAUUAUGGAGUAUUUCGUGGGUAAUGAAUUGCUCGGUUUGGCCGGGCACGACGAUGUUGCGAGAAACAUAGCAUUGGAGGGCAAAGCAUGGACGGAAAAGGUGCUCAGGAGGGAAGACAUGAGCGUGUACGUACUACGCCUGCUGUUAGAAUAUGCGAGGAUUUGUGACGAUGAUCGUGAGAGAAUGGGCUGGACAGAAUCACAGAUCAGUGAUGAUGCUGUAACAUAGAUUGUGUACAUUGGAGACAGA